CCCUGUGUGAUGUGACGUGUGACAAAUGUAGGAGUAAAGUUGUAUUGAGAGUGUUGCUAGUUGCAAAGUUGUUUUUGUUACAAUGUUUAGUUGAAAUCUAAUUCAAUGAAUGUCUUUAAUAUAAAUACUGUCUGUUUAAGGAUUUUGUUAAACACACUGUCAACUUAUUCUUUAUUCUGGAGAAAGAGCAACUAGGAGCCAGGUGAUGCCUAGCUUGCUGGAUAAGAUGGACCCAUCUCAUAAUCCACUAGACAUGUCAUCUGCUCCAGUACAGGACAAGCUGCCCUCCUACAACUUCUCCUCCAGUACUCCCACUCUCUGCCUGGCCGUUGAGAUCUGUGUUGUCUGCGGAGACAGAGCUUCAGGUCGCCACUAUGGAGCCAUCAGUUGUGAAGGUUGCAAGGGGUUCUUUAAGAGAUCAAUCCGCAAACAACUCGGAUAUCAAUGUCGAGGAACCAAGAACUGUGAAGUAACCAAACACCACAGGAAUAGAUGUCAGUAUUGCCGUCUGCAGAAGUGUCUCACCAUGGGGAUGCGCAGUGAUUCUGUGCAACAUGAACGAAAGCCAAUAUCGGAAAAAAAAGAAGUAAACAAUUUCAUGUCUGGAGAAAAUAAUUUUGCUAGCUAUUCAAACAAUCCAAUGAAAAUUUUUAUAAGGAAGGAUCUGUGUUUGGAAUCACAGCAAUAUGGACUACAAUCUGCUCUUUAUAUGAGCCCUUUGCAGUACAGUAUCAAUACAGAUGGGGACAGACAGACAUCACCGAGCCUCAAUAACAUGUGGGAUGAUGAUGAUGGCUCAUCAGAUAGCUGUUCUCCAGACCCAGACAUAGUGGACACAUUGUGUCUGGCUCAGGAUAAGACGGUUAUUCACAGUGCCUUAGACACUGUCGCCAAAGUUGUUAGUGGAGAAAAUUUAAAUGGAAAUGAGAGAGGUGAUAAAGAAUUGGAAGGCUUUGUUAAACUAGAAGGAAGACUCCUUCCUGAGCACCACGUACCUUUUGUGUUACAAACACCUAGUCCCAUGCCGGCGUACUUAAAUGUCCAUUACAUUUGUGAAAGUGCUUCUAGAUUAUUGUUCCUGUCAGUUCAUUGGGUGCGCAACAUUCCUGCCUUCCAGUUAUUUCGAGUGGAGACUCAAGUGGCCUUAGUUCGGGCUUGCUGGACAGAAUUGUUUGUGCUGGGUAUGGCUCAGUGCUCUCAGAUUCUCUCAUUGCCUUCUAUUCUAUCUUCCAUCAUCAACCAUUUACACAAUUCAGUUGCUCAGGAUAAGAUAUCAGCUCAUCGUGUUAAGCUGGUAACUGACCACAUAUGUAUGCUGCAAGACUAUGUCAAUGGAAUGUCUUUCCUACAUGUAGAUGAGCAUGAGUACGGCUACCUUAAACUUCUCAUCCUGUUCAGUCCUGAUAUCCCUGCCUUGGUUUCACGUAAGCAUGUGGAUAAAUUUCAAGAGAGGGCUUUCCAAGAGCUACGAAGUUAUGUACAGCGACACUAUCCUGAGGAUGAGGAUCGAUUUCCAAGGCUGUUAUUGCGUCUGCCUCCAUUGCGUGCUCUACAACCUCACGUCAUGGAGGAAUUGUUCUUUGCUGGACUCACAGGAAGUGUGCAGAUAGACACCAUCAUUCCCUACAUUCUUAGAAUGGAUUCUACAGAUAGAGGCAUUAUAUCUGAGUUUUCAUAGAAGUACAACCAAAGUAGUUCGAGUUCGAGAUCAAAGGUUAGGAUUAUUUUAAAAUUUUACAUAAGUCUAUUUUGUUGACCUUUUAGUUCAUCUACUCCUUAUUUACCACUGGAGAAAUUGAAAUUUUGGAUGUCAAAUGCAUGAAAAAAGCUCCAGGUCAAUAUUUGAUAGGGUGUUUUAAAAUAAAAACUGUAUUUUGCAAGCUAUUGGUUAUAUAUAAUCUACCAACUUGCCAAGUUACAGAAAUUUCUUAUGAAGAUAAUAUAAUUUGGCAUUAAAGCCCAUUUCAUUUUGUACACAAGAAAUUAGAGAAAGAUUUAUGGAGUGCCUGUGAAUAAUAUACAAUAACAAAUAGAAUCUGUUGAUAAAAAACGGAGGAAAAAGUAUUUUAGUUUAUUAGUUAGUUUAUAAUGAAUGCAUGUGGAGAUUGUUUUGUUAAUAUACAGGUUGGAUAAAAAGUAUGGAUAUAAUAACGUUUUAAUAACUUAAAAUUUUACAUUAAAAAUGUUUAAGUUGGGUUCAAAAUUUUGUAUUUUGGGGGCAGGGGCAAUCUUGAGAUACUAAAUGAAAAGUGCAGUUUUGUACCCUAUACAUGUAUAUUGAGUUUGGAUUUUCUAGAUGCAGUUGUUAAAAAGUUAAUAGGGAUAUCUAUACUGGGAUAUCUAUACUUUUGAAUGGGAUAUCUAUACUUUUGAUCUACCCUGUAUAAGGGAUUACUCACUUUAUUAUAAUGUUUAUAUGGUUUUUGACACAGGUUAAGAUUUAUGUUAAAUCAUCUUCAGUCACAGAACCUUAGAGUAAAACUAAAGUUAGAUUAUUAUAAUAAGAUUUAUAAUAAUGAUACUGUAUCAUAUAAAGUACACAUUAUAUAAAUGUGUGCUUUAUUUACACAGUUUUGUUCAGAAUAAAAUGUUCUACAAGUUUCAUUAAACAUUUUGAGUUUCUUGGUAAAAUAACAAAAUUAUUGUUGUCCAAACAUGAAAAAGAUGUGUUUUUUUUUUAAUUAAUUUUUUGCAUUUGACACAGGUUUUCUUAAAAACUACUUAACUUACAGUUCUGGGACCUGUUUUAUUCAAUUUACCAGGUAAAAAACUAUAAGAAAUGAUUGAAUUCACUUCUCGAUCUACCUUACCAGGAAUUCAGGAAGACCUCGUUUUAUAUGGUGAGCUGAAAUCUGUGCGAAAUCUUUCACGAGCCGAAACUCGUUAACAAAGCAUUUCUGAACCCAUAUUUAUAUGGACAUUUUCAUUAUUUUAACAUGUACAAUGAGCUCCCACAGUUUCUGCCUAUCUUUAUGACUCACCAUGUAUAUGCAGGGUAUUCACACAAAGGGCAUCGCAAACUUCUGUGGCUGAUAGUACUCAUCAUUCCAAACAAAAGUGUUCUAUAUACAUAGUUAGAGAAACAUGUAUUUUUUUCACUAGCUGCCAUUUUGUAUUUUUUAUGAAAUACUUAGUACCUGUAGAACUAGUAAAGCUACAAAUAAGAAACUUUGCACAUACAUUUUAUUUUAAUACGUAAUAGAAAAUUAUUUUUAAUGGUGUGAUUUGCUUUAAAAUAUUAACAAAACGACACCUGUUGAAAAUAUUAAAAGUCAAAUAACAAAAUAAAAUGAAUGUAAUUAUUAAAAAUGUACAUGUUUCCGACUAUUUUGCAGUACUUAUAACAAUUCUAACUGUACUUUCUCAAUGAAAUCUGUCAAUGCAUAAACGAGCACGACCACAUAUGCUUACACAAGCCUGGAACAACAAAUAGCUGAUACCUCUCAGCUGUAACAUGUUUGUUGCUCCUGGUCAUAACAUAAAAGUCUUCCUCUAUGGUUCGGUGACUGAAAAUGAUUUAAUAUAAAUUGAAACACUUAUCAAUCACCAUGAAAAAGGAUUGUUCAGGUGAGUAAUCAUUUAUAAAUUAAUUGUUAUAUUUGUGGUAGAGUUUAUUAUUUAUUGAUUUUAUCUAAAAACCUAACUUUAUAAAAAUGUAAAUUUGUAUGAAUAUUAGUGAAAGUUGAUUGAAUGACUUCAUAUAACCUGAGUUUGUGAACUGUCCAUAAAUUAAAAGGUGAUUUGGAAGUGAAAAAUAUUUAUUUGUUAAUUAUUACUACUCAUACAAAGUUAGAUGAAGAAGAGCAUUGGUCUAACAGCAUGCUCAGUGUAAGCUGGAACAUCACAACCAAUCCAAUGGAAAUAUUAAUAAAUUAUUGUAUAAUUAUAAUAUAUUUAAAUUAUAAAGUAUCUGGUUUCCAUCUUGCA